GUGACAUGUGUCAUUCUAAAAAGUUGCAAGUUUGUGUUUUGAAGAUGAAACAGUCAUAAUUGCUGAAAUGUGUUUUUUGAGGUUUUUUUACGUAGAGAAAAUUGUAUAGAAUAAACUGUCAUAGAAUCUGGAAAAAGUGGAGCUAAGAUGCACGGUUUGCUGCAGGGGAUGGAUGGAGGAGGCCCAAGUUCGCCAAAACUCUGGGGAGACAGGCAGGAGGUGGUGACCUUCGAGGAUGUGGCUGUGAGCUUCACCGGUGAGGAGUGGGCUAUGCUGGAUCCAAUCCAGAAGAAGCUCUACAGAGAUGUGAUGCUGGAAACCUUUACGAACCUGGCUGCUGUAGGAAGGGACUCAGAUGACCAGCAUGCUGAAGAUGAGUACAGAAAUUGCAGGAAACAUCUAAGAAGUGAAGAGAUAGAGCAGUCCUGGCAGUAUCAACUCUGGUAUCAACAAGGCAAAAUGGUUUCUCCGACACCUGACACAAAUGUGCAAAUGAGAGUCAUUGGUAUAAAACCACGUGAAAGCGUUUCCAUCAUUACAUCAAAUGAUGUGCAAAUUGGAGCAAGCAGUCACAGUGAAGUAAAUAUGUACAUACGUGUAUCAUCGGGAAAGGAAACUCGGGCACAUGAAAAACCUCACUUUAGAGAUAAAACCUAUGGACUUGAACAAUGUGGAAAAUCCUUCACUAACAAUUCAUUGGCUAAUGAUGCAAGAAGUCACUUGGCAGAAAAACCGUAUGUAUGUAAACAAUGUGGGAAAGCUUUUAGCAGAAGAGAUAGUUUGCGAAUGCAUGAAUGGAUUCACACUGGAGAAAAACCCUAUGUAUGUAACCAGUGUGGGAAAGCAUUCAGGAAAGGUAGUACUUGCAGAAUUCAUGAGAGAAUUCACACUGGAGAGAAACCUUAUAUAUGUAACCAAUGUGGGAAAGCUUUCAGCACCCGAAAUAGUUGUCGAAUACAUGAAAGAAGUCACACUGGGGAGAAACCCUAUGUAUGUAAGCAAUGCGGAAAAGCUUUAAGCACACGUGCUCAUUGUGAAAUACAUGAAAGAAGUCACACUGGGGAGAAACCCUAUGUAUGCAAGCACUGUGGGAAAGCUUUUAGCACAAAAUAUUAUUGUCAAGUACAUGAAAAAUUUCACACUGCAGACAGACCCUAUGUAUGUAAGCAGUGUGGGAAAGCAUUCAGCAAAGGUAGUACUUACAGAAUUCAUGAGAGAAUUCACACUGGAGAGAAACCUUAUAUUUGUAACCAAUGUGGGAAAGCUUUUAGCUCCCAAGAUAGUUGCCGAAUACAUGAAAGAACUCACACUGGGGAGAAACCCUAUGUAUGUAAGCAGUGUGGGAAAGCUUUCAGCACAAGUAGUAGUUGUCGAAUUCAUGAAAGAAUUCACACUGGAGAAAAACCUUAUGUGUGUAACCAUUGUGGGAAAGCUUUCAUCACCCAUGGUCACUGCCGGGCACAUGAAAGAAGUCAUACUGGGGAGAAACCCUAUAUAUGUAAUCAUUGUGGAAAAGCAUUCAGCACAAAAAGAAAUUGUCAAGUACAUAAAAGAAUUCACACUGCAGAGAAACUCUAUGUGUGCAAGCAGUGUGGGAAAGCUUUCACCACAAACACAGUUUGUAAAACACAUGAAAUGAUUCACACUGGGGAGAAACCAUAUGUAUGUAAGAAAUGUGGGAAAGCUUUCACCACAAAAAGGAAUUGUCAAGUACAUGAAAGGACUCACACUGGAGAGAAACCCUAUGUAUGUAAGCAGUGUGGGAAAGCUUUUGCCACAUACAGUGGUAUUAGAGUACAUGAAAGGACUCACACUGGAGAGAAACCCCAUGUAUGCAAGCAAUGUGGAAAAGCUUUUGCUACAUACAGUGGUGUUAGUGUACAUGAAAGAACUCACUACAGAGAGACUGUAUGUAUGUAAGCAAUGUGGGGGAGCUUUUAAGACUAAAAGGUGUUGUCGAGUUCAUGAAAGUAUUCACACUAGUGAGAAACUAUGUAUGUAAGCACUGUGGGAAAGCUUUCAGCAGAAAAUAUAGAUGGCAACAUCAUGAAAGGAGUCACACUGCAGGAAAACUAUAUAUGAGCACUGUGGGAAAGCAUUCAGCACAAAAGAUAAUAGGCGAAAACAUGAAAGGACUCACUGUAGAGAAAGCCUGGUUGUGUAAGUGAUGUGGAAAAUCUUUCAGCACAAGUGCUUAUUGCGGAAAAAACAUGAAAAAAUUCACACUGUGUAUGAAUUAUGUUUGCCAGAUAUAUGCUAAAGCUUUUAAUUCAAGAUAUUGUCAAAUCAUGAAAAGACACUGCAGAGAAAACCUGUAUAUGUAAGCCGUAUGGUAAAGCUUUCAGCACACAUGGUUAUUGUGAAACAUCAAAGAAUUAACACUGAGGAGAAGCCCUAUGUAUAUAAGCAAUAUAGGAGAACUUUCACUACAAAGAUUACAAGAUUUGUGAAGGUGUCCACACUUUGUAAAAAAACCUAUGUACAUUAGCAGUGUGUACUAGCCAUAUUUGAAUACAUUAAAGGACUCCCACUGUAGAGAAACAGUAAGGUGGGAAAGGCUUUGGACAAAACUUAUUCUAAAUUAACUAAUGGACUCAUAAUGGGGAGAAACCCUAAGUAUGUAAGCAAUGUGGGAAAGUAGAAAAAUACGUUACUGCCCAGUACAUGAAAAGCCUCACUGCAGAGAAGUCCUAUGUAUGUAAGCUAUAUAGAAAACCUUCCAGUGGGCCGGGAGUUUAGCUCAGCAGUGUAAGUGCCUGCUUGGCAAAUGCAAGAUCAUGAGUUCGAUCCCUAGCAAUAACAUACCCAAAAAUACUACUUGAGCUGGGAUUUAGCUCAACUGCAUAAAUGCCUGCCUUGCAAGCGUAUGGUUGUGAGUUUGAUCCCUGGUACCAAAAACAAAUAAACAAACAAAAAAACCAAAAAACAGAAAUCCUUCCAGCACAUACAGUCAUUAUCAAGUACAUAAGACAGCUCACACUGGGGAAAAACCCUAGGUAUGUACAGAAUAUGGGAAAGCUUCUAGCAAAAUACAUUACUGUCAAGUACAUGCAAAGACUCACUGUAGAGAAGUCCUUUCUACAUAAGCAACAGAGUAAACAUACCUGUACACUGAGUACACAAGAGAACUCAGACUGGGGAAAAACCCUAUGUAAGUAAACUGUGGGAAAUUUUUCAGUAAAUCAUAUUUUAAAAUAUAUAAAAAGACACUGUGGAGAAACCCAGCGUUUGCAGGCAAUGUGGAAAGCCUUUCGGCAUGCAGUGUUUGACCAAGAUACAAAUGGACUCAUAAGCUUUAAAUGCUAUCUAUGUAAACAAUGAGAGAAUGCAGUCAGUACAGAUUGAUACUGUGAAAUACAUAAAAAAUCUCACUUAGGAGAAAGACUGUUACUGGAAAAGCCUUUUCAGUAACAUCAUCAGUAUAUAAAAGGGAGAAUAAAAUCUGAACAUAUAAAGUGACUUAUACUGACAUGAAUCAUAUGGAGUAGAUCUUUUCUUGAAAUAAUAAAGCAUGUUGUAGUCCAACUGGUAUCAAUAAAUAGAUGAAAGAAUUUACAGUGGACAGACUCACAACAUGGAUGAGCUAUGUAGGAGUAUUUUUUCCUCACCUGAAAUAUAUGAAAGAAUUCUAAUGAAAAGAAAUCCAUAUUCUUCCAUUCUUCCAAUUGACUUGAAAUACAUGAAAGUACUUCCACUAAAAAGAAAUCUGGGUAAGUAAUGUGAGAAUUCAUUGAUAAGAUAAUAUCACAAAACCUACAGAUUCAGGAGGGUUAGUAAAAAGCAGAAUAUGAGAAAUCAUUUUUGCAUUUUUUAUUAAAUCUUGCACAGCACAGUAGAGUUCAUAAGAAUGUCCAUCAUGUGGGAACACCUGUAGUCAUUUUGGCUUAAUUCAUGUGGCGUGUUAGCACAGCACUGUGGCAGAACAUUAAUAUAACUGAUGUACAGAAGUUCUCAGUUGCACUGCAUCUAAGAGUGAAUAUUGUAUCUAUCGGUGUUUGUACGAAACUCUCAGCUAUAAUUUUCCUAAUUCUUUGAUCAAUUUUAUAUAGUUUAAACCUAAAGAUGAGUUAUGUUAAAAUAAGAUAUCAAUUAUUUCUCCAGAAAAUGCACAUGUGGAAGAGAUAUCUUAAAGUAAAAAUACUGUAAACUCAGUCUUAAUGGAGAUUUCUGGAUUAAAUAAUUUGAAGUUUACUUUUAAAAAUAUAUACUACAUUUAGGGGCUGGGGAUUUAGCUCAGUGGCAUAAGCGCCUGCCUUGCAAGCAGGCAGUCAUGAGUUCGAUCCCUGGUACCAGUAAAAACGAAAAAGACAAAAAAAAAAAAAAAAAAAGAAAAAAAAUAUAUACUACAUUUAAAUCUGUGCCUCCUUGUAAGCAGUGGCACAGCAGAUUCGUAUUGUUUUCUUAAAGUAGAUGAUAAUUGUCUUUUAUUUGUUAGAGCUGCAGGUUAGAUAUCUUGUAUUUCCAUACACACCAUUAGGUUCAUUAUUUUGGGUUUUCUUGUUUGUUCCUUUGUUUUCUCUUUAAGGAACUGUGCUCUAAAGCUGAGUUUCCAUUAACUGUUGUUAUUUUUCCACUAGUUUGUAUUUAAACUUUUGCUGUAUACUGUGCACUAUUCUAGUAAGAAUUUUAUAAAUGGAUGUCAUAAUUUAUAAUUUUAAUCCUAGUAACUUCCAUACAUGUGUUUGAGCGUGCAUUUGUUUCAAAUAAUAUGUAAGUUAACAAAUACAUUUUUAAUACUGUAAAAAUAAUAUAUUGCAACAUGAUUACAAAUCACAGGGAGUGCAAAAAUUUGUCCGCCAUUUCUCCACAUCAGAAACAUUAAUAUCAUGUGUCUAUAAUAUCAGUUGUUUUUUAUCAUUAAAUUUUACUUUUUAGGCUCAUAUUCCAUGAUUUAUUUUGGAAUUCAUUAUUCAAAGUAUAUCUCUAUUUCUAUGAGUCCCCCACUGCCAGAGACCAGCAGGACUAUAUAUUUUCUCAGUGAAAAUACAAUACAUUAUAAUUAACCUCUCCACAUUCCUUAAUGAUGAUUUUCGAUUGUGUGCAAGAACAUCCUCAGGAAUUUUGAUCCUAUUGAUUUUUGACACUAUUGGGUGCUUUCUUUUAUUCACAAUUUGUCAGUUCUUAGCUCUAUUUUUUCUAUGCUGAAAAUAUCUUUUAUACUUUGGAAAUACAUUUUUUAACUUGGAAAACUCAAAUCAGUCAUUAAAAAUAGAAAUUGAGUAA